AUGUUUCCACAUCUGAGAGACCAUCGUGUGUCCUCCAUGUGGCCCUCGAUUUCACAACCCUCUUUAUGGAAACGUCCUCGUUUUUUGCUCACAUCCUUCCUUGUAUUUCUCAUGUUUUUAUUUUGUGCAUGUUAUGGAUUGGUACUCGUUCGGAAUGUUUCAAAAUUUUUACAUGGAAUACAACCACGUCGGCCACUUGAACUGAAUUCAGAAUGGACGAAAAACAACUUUUCUGCUCAACAAGAAAUUUUGGAACAUGCAGAGGAUAAGGUUCUUUCGAACUCGCAUCGAUCUGUGACGACGACACCAAAAGUCUCAAACAUCAUCAUGAGAAACAAAAUGGGACGACGAAGACAAGUCAUGUUUGGAAAUUAUCAAUGCAAUCGAUACACUCGACAAUCAUUAUUCACAUCAUGUCAAAUUGAAAAUGUUUGUAUCAAUACGAGAGGACAGUUUUUAUUGUACAUGUCCAAAGAUCGAUUAUUUGGUAAAAAAGAUUCCAUUCUCGACGAAUUGAAUCGAAGACCUUGGAUUUAUAAUCAGGGAAGAUUUGAAUCGAAUCGAGGUCUUCACUUUAUGAGAGUUUUGGAUUCAGAAUUAGUUUUUGAAUUUGAACGAACCCAACAAGGGAAUUCUAUUGUUGAAAAAGUGUUAAAUGCAUCUUCCAUUCCAGGUUCCACAUGGUCUGACAAACCCUUACAUUCCAUUUUAGGAGAACCUGUCGAAUUGGAUAAAAAUUUCAAAUUCUACUCUGAACCAGUCUAUGUACUGAAAAGAUACGCUGCAGGAAAUAUGGGGCACUUUUUAUUUGACAAUAUUGCAAUGAUUGUCAUGCUCAUGAUGAAUUUUAAUCCACUCGCUUCAACUCGAGAUCUGGACACUCUGUUAAAUAAUCACAUUCUUUAUUUGGAUGAUAUUUAUGAACAAGUUGCUCACAAUUGGAUUGGUUCCUAUCGAUAUAAUGAGAGUUUGGCUGAUGAAUUUUCAUUGAAAUUACCACAAUUAUUUAGCAACAAUCCACCGCUUCAAUUGUGUCGACAGAACGAUUUCACACGUGUCGAUUUGUUGCCAUGUCGCAACACACCACGAGGAACGAAUUUUCCAAGAACUAAUGUCUUACAAGCAUGUUUUUCCACAUUCAGAAUUGGACUCACUUCAGGUCUGUUUCGAGCAUUUUCAUCGCGCGAGAUGAUUUUUGUGCAGUAUCGACAAUUAGUCUAUUACAAGCUUGGAAUUUCUCCAUUACCAAGUGAGGAAGAUGAUCCACAAGCAAUGAUUCCGUUUUUAAAGAAAAAACCUGUGAAAAUUGUCAUUCACAAAAAGUCACUCUCCUCCGGGCAUGGAAAAAUUAUUUGGAACGUCGACGAAUUAAUUAAGGCCAUUCGAGACAAGUUACAAAACGAUCCCUAUCUCUCCCUCUAUCAUUCGAAACAACCUCUUCAAGUAGAAUCUGUGGAAUUAGAUCUUCAAUCCAUGAAUGUUUCACAACAAGUGAAAUUCUUUUCCAACAUGGAUGUCUACAUUUCCGAUCAAGGAAGUGCUGCUUAUUACUCAGUGUAUAUGAGAAAAGAUACUACCGUUCUCAUUGCUCCAGAAUGUUAUUCAGAUCGAGGAUGUCACACCGGAGAGAGUUUUCAAAUUUUGAGAGCUCUUCCCAACACGAUGGUUGUGGAUUAUUUGGAAUUAUUGAGAGGAGAGGAGAAUGUAUCGACUCAAUGCAAUGCAAGACCAACUGCCAAAGCAUCCAAUGCAUGUGAUCCAAUAUUGAGAGUGGAUGUUGUGGUGGAGAAUGUGUUGGCAUUUAUCAAGAGAAGAUUUCUCAAAAUGAUGAAUGAUUAUCAUGAAGAGGAGUAA